CUUCCCGGGCGACUGCCAAAAGCCCCGCUUGCCAAAAGAGCCUCAUGCUCUGUGCCGAGCGGCAGCCCAGGAGGCAGGAUGGUGCCGCCGGCUCGGAGAGGCGCUAACCAGGUGCUGUGGCCGGCUCGCCGCCGCGCUUUCUUCUGCCUCUUGCUCCUGCUGCUCCCGGCACCCGGCGGCGGGCUGGAAGUGCAGCACAAGUUCGUCUCUGCUACUGCCACCAACAACUUCGCGCUGGAUCGGUCGGGCAGCAAGAUUUACCUGGCGGCCGUCAACCGCCUGUACCAGCUCUCCGGUCCCAACCUGACGCUGGAGGUGGAGGAGGUGGUGGGCCCCCGAGAGGACAAUCCGCUGUGCCACGCUCCGCAGCUGCCCCAGGCGUCGUGCGAGCACGCCAAGAAGCCCACGGACAACUACAACAAGCUGCUACAGCCGGACCCUGAGCAAGGCAUCCUAGUGGUGUGCGGCUCGGUCUACCAGGGCUUCUGCCAGCUGCGCAGCAUGGACAACAUCUCCGUCGUGGCCGUCGCCUUCCCACCUGGGGCAGGUGGAGGAGACGGCGGGGGGGGAGGAGGAGGAGGCGACCAGGUCACGGUCUUCCCCAGCAUGCUCAACGUGGCCGCCAAUCACGCCAACGCCUCCACUGUCGGGCUGGUGCUCCAGCAGCCCGGGCAGGACACCCGGCUGCUGGUGGCGGCUACUUACACGGGCUUGGGCAGCCCCUUUUUCCCGCGCAACCAGAGCCUGGAAGACCACCGCUUCGAGAAUACGCCCGAGAUCGCCAUCCGCGCUCUCAACGCCCGCGGCGACUUGGCACGGCUCUUCACCUUCGACAUAAACCCUUCAGACGACAACAUCUUCAAGAUCAAACAGGGCUCUAAGGAGCGCCACCGGCUCAGCUUCGUCGGCGCUUUUCUGCACCGUGGAACCCAGCCGCCGCCAACGCUGCUUUCUCGCCCUGAGGGAGAAAAGGGCGCUCCUGGUGCAUCGGCUUCCAAGGGCGGCCGUCCUGUCCUUUCUUCGCCCCUCGGCCGCCCCGUGGGCUCUUACGCCUACUUGGCCUUCAACAGCGAGGCCAACGCGCGCGAAAAGGAGAGCCACUUGCAAAGCCUGCUGGCCCGCAUCUGCUUAGGGGACUCGGCAGACGCCACGACCCUCAAUGGCAGCAGCGGCGGCGGCGGCGGCGGGGAGACCAAGAAGCUGACCGAGUCCUACAUCCAGAUGGGCCUGCAGUGUGGCAAGGCCGGGGCGGCCGGCGGCGACCUCUUCAACCGGCUGGUAUCGGUCUUUCCAGCCAGCGCCGCCCUGCAGGUUAGCGCGGGAAGUCCUUCGCUGCCUCCGCUGGAGGAGUUGCUUUUCGGAGUCUUCGAGAAAGCCGGUCCCAUCGGGUUUCCUGGGCCUGGCGGGCGACAGGCUCCUCCGCCCUCGGCGCUCUGUGUGUUCCGCUUCGCCGAGAUCGAGGAGGCUAUCAGGAGGGCCAGGCACUCGUGCUUCGUGGCGCCAGAUUCUGGGCUGGUAACUGUGCUCGACAGCGUGGUGCAAGGCACGGGGCCUGCCUGCGAGAAGAGGAAAAUCCAGCUGCAGCCAGAACAAUUGGACUGUGGAGCAGCACAUCUCCAGCAUCCAUUGUCAAUCCUGCAGCCAAUCAAAGCAAGGCCUGUGUUCACUUCAGCAGGACUUACGUCAGUGGCAGUCUCCAGUGUCAAUAAUUUCACAGUUGUGUUUCUGGGAACAGCAAAUGGAAGACUCCUUAAGAUUAAUCUGAAUGGCUCUAUGAAGGUGAUAAGUAGGGAGUCAAUUACUGUGGCUUAUGGUGAACCCGUCCACCCCCUCAUGCAGUUUGACCCUUCUGACUCCAGCUAUUUGUAUAUGAUGACCUCCCACCAGAUAUCCCGUGUGAAAGUAUCUGCCUGUGACCAGUAUACCACAUGUACUGAGUGUUUAGCUGCAGCUGAUGCUUAUUGUGGGUGGUGCACCUUGGAGACCAGGUGUUCUGUGCAGUAUGAAUGCGCUAAUUUUGUUGAACCUAAUUUCUGGAUAAGUGCAAGUGAGGGAGUGAAUCAGUGCCCUUCAAUGACCAUAAUACCUUCAGAAAUAAACAUUGACGAGGAGAACCAGGCCAUGAUAAUCCAGAUACAUGGGAAUAUUCCAAAUUUGAAUGGAAUGAAGAUGUCUUGCGAUUAUGGGAACGCAGUCACCACUCUAGCUACUGCAACUAAAAUUCCUGCAGAUUCUUGGAACCAGUUUGUUUAUUGUAGCUUUCUUCCUAGAGAGAAAUAUCCAGCUUUCCCCUCCCAUCAAGACCAUGUGAUUGUUCAAACUGCUGUGAGGGUCAAUGGCAAGAGCAUUGUGUGGGCCAAUUUUACCAUCUAUGACUGCAAGAGAACAGGAAACAUUUACCCAAAGACAGCGUGUAUCAGCUGCCUCUCAGCUAAAUGGAAGUGUUACUGGUGUAUUCAAAGAUAUACCUGUGUCUCCAAAGCCUCUGAGUGUGAAGGUUCGAUACAGAUGAAUAAAAGUACUGAUUGUCCACACGUCGUGUCUACCUCUGCAGCACCAGUGUCAACUGGGAUUUCCCAGGACAUCACCAUUACCUUGAAGAAUGCUUCUUUUGUAAAGGAAAUGCCUUUGGAAUGUCACUUUGGAGCUGACAGGAUUUUUGAGGCCCAGUGGGUGAAUGUAUCUUCUGUUCUGUGUAGCAAUGUGCUGCUUUACACUUCAGAGAAAAGACACCUCUUUCCAGUAAACCUUCAACUGAGAGAAAAGCCUGGUAGAUUUAUUGACACUCCGCAGAUGAUGACAGUGGAAAUUUAUAAUUGUGCAACUGGAAGUGCUGACUGUUCUCAGUGUCUCGGGAGAAGAGAUCUAGGUCAUCAGUGCAUUUGGAGUGAAAGUAGUUCUAGUUGCAGACUAAACACUGAAUCCCUUCAGAUACCAGGCAUGUGCCCUCCUCCUGAGAUUAGGAAGAUUGAGCCCCUGAAUGGACCCCUGGAAGGAGGAACUCUAAUCACAAUACGAGGAAGAAAUCUGGGCCGCAGGUUUAGUGAUGUCGUUAAUGCAGUCAGGAUAGGAAAUGUGAAAUGCUCACCACUCCAGGACAGAUAUGUAGUCUCUGAAGAAAUUGUAUGCUGGACUGGAGAAUCUGCAGAAGAAUUUUCUGAUGCAGUGACUGUUAAUGUGAGUAGAGAAGGAAAAUCCAGGGAGCGAUUCUCCUAUGUGCUUCCAGUGGUUAAAUUCAUAUCUCCAUCAAUUGGCCCUAAAGCAGGAGGAACCAAAGUAACCAUUGUAGGAAAUAAUCUCAAUGUGGGGUCUGAGCUGCAAGUUCUAGUCAAUAGCACAAAAGAAUGCAAAGACCUCAGUCGUACUGACACUACCAUUACUUGCACUAUGCCAGGUGUGGAGAUUACUACCACUGUCAGAGUCUGUGUCCAGUUUGAGAACAAGUCUUGCAUCAGCGAUAACUGUACUUUUACAUAUGAAAAGAAUCCGGUUAUUAAUAACAUCAGCCCCCAAAAGAGUCAGGUCAGUGGAGGCAGGAUCAUCACUGUGGAAGGAAAUGGAUUUUUGAUGGCUCAGAAUGUAUCUAUGGUAGUACAUGCCAUUGGGAAAGAGCAAACGAACUGUAAGGUUCACACCGACACUGUGAUUACCUGCCCCUCUCCAGCUGCCUCCAACCUCACUAAGGGGAGCAAACCAGCGCCAGUGGACUUCUACAUCAAUGGACACCUGUAUGCUGAGGACAGCCUAUUCCCUCUUGAACAUCCAGAGGAUGCCAUACACAUUAGCAAAUUCCAUUUGGAAUACUAUGCUGACCCCCAGUUCUUCACAGCCAAGAAGGAGAAGUGGAUCAAACACCAUCCUGGGGAACCUUUGACACUUGUUAUACAUAAAGAGCCUGACAACCUUGGUCUGGAAAGCAAUGAGUAUGAAGUUAAAAUUGGUCUAAUUUCCUGUGAGAUACAAAUUGUUUCAGACAAAGUCAUUCACUGCUCCGUCAAUGAAUCUUUUAGCACUUCAGAAAGACAGCUCCCUGUUACGAUCCAAGUUGGGAAAUCCAUUCAAACUAUUGCUAUGCUGCACCUUGGAGGAAGUGAGAUGGCCAUUACAGUUUCCAUAGUCAUCUGCAGUAUCUUGUUGCUGCUUUCUAUAGUAGCCCUUUUUGUGUUUUGCACCAAGAGCCGCAGGGCAGAGCGUUAUUGGCAGAAAACUCUGCUGCAGAUGGAAGAGAUGGAGUCCCAGAUCCGGGAAGAAAUACGCAAAGGUUUUGCUGAGCUCCAGACAGAUAUGACAGACCUGACCAAGGAGUUAAACCGCAGCCAGGGAAUCCCAUUCUUGGAGUACAAGUAUUUUGUGACCCGAACUUUCUUUCCCAAAUGUUCUUCUCUCUAUGAGGAGCGUUAUAUUUUGCCUUCCCAGCACCUCAACUCACAAAUGGGAUCUCAGAUCCAAGAAACUCACCCACUACUGUUGGGGGAAUGGAAAAUUCCUGAGAAUUGCAGACCAAAUAUGGAAGAGGGAAUUGCAUUGUUUUCCACCUUACUCAAUAACAAGCACUUUCUCAUAGUGUUCGUCCAUGCUCUUGAGCAACAGAAAGAUUUUGCUGUUAGAGACAGAUGCAACCUGGCCUCCUUGCUUACCAUUGCAUUGCAUGGGAAAUUGGAGUACUACACCAGCAUCAUGAAGGACCUCUUGGUGGAUCUCAUUGAUGCUUCUGCCUCUAAAAACCCCAAACUUAUGCUAAGGAGAACAGAGUCUGUGGUUGAGAAAAUGCUGACCAACUGGAUGUCCAUCUGCAUGUACAGUUUUCUCAAAGAAACAGUUGGGGAGCCCUUCUUCCUGCUACUCUGUGCUAUCAAACAGCAGAUCAAUAAAGGAUCUAUAGAUGCCAUCACUGGAAAAGCCCGGUAUACUCUCAAUGAAGAAUGGUUACUGAGAGAGAACAUUGAAGCAAAACCAAGGAAUCUCAAUGUGUCUUUCCAAGGCUGUGGGAUGGACUCCCUGAGUGUUCGGGUCAUGGAUACAGACACUCUCAGCCAAGUUAAAGAGAAGAUACUGGAAGCCUUUUGCAAGAAUAUUCCAUAUUCCCAGUGGCCAAGGGUAGAAGAUGUUGAUCUUGAAUGGUUUGCCACAAGCACUGACAGCUACAUCCUUCGGGACCUCGAUGACACAUCAGUGAUGGAGGAUGGCAGGAAGAAACUGAACACGCUAGCACAUUAUAAGAUCCCUGAUGGUGCGUCCCUAGCUAUGAGUUUAACUGAUAAGAAAGAUACCACUCUAAGUAGAGUGAAAGAUUUGGACACUGAAAAAUACUUUCAUUUGGUUCUUCCUACGGACGAACUGUAUGAAAAUAAGAAAUCUCAUCGGCAAAGUCAUAGGAAAAAAGUCCUUCCUGAAAUAUACCUGACCAGAUUGCUCUCCACAAAGGGCACACUUCAGAAAUUCCUGGAUGACUUGUUCAAAGCCAUUCUAAGUAUCCGAGAGGACAAACCACCUGUGGCUAUCAAGUAUUUCUUUGAUUUCCUGGAAGAACAAGCAGAGAAACGGGGGAUCUCUGAUCCAGACACAUUGCACAUUUGGAAAACCAAUAGCCUACCUCUGAGGUUUUGGGUCAACAUUCUGAAAAACCCACAGUUUGUCUUUGACAUCGACAAAACUGAUCACAUAGAUGCCUGUCUCUCUGUAAUAGCCCAGGCGUUUAUCGAUGCCUGCUCCAUCUCUGAUCUGCAGUUGGGCAAGGAUUCACCUACUAAUAAACUGUUGUAUGCCAAGGAGAUUCCUGAAUACCGAAAAAUAGUGCAGAGAUAUUAUAAACAGAUUCACGACAUGCCGCCUCUCAGUGAACAAGAAAUGAAUGCACACCUAGCAGAGGAGUCCAGGACAUGUCGGAAUGAGUUUAACACCAAUGUUGCCAUGACUGAAAUUUACAAAUAUGCCAAGAGAUACCGCAACCAGAUUGUGACUGCAUUGGACUCCAAUCCCACAACAAGACGCACGCAGCUGCAGCACAAAUUUGAGCAAGUGAUUGCACUUAUGGAAGACAACAUUUACGAAUGCUGCAGUGAGGCUUAGGCAGCGACCCAGAUUUUGCUUCCACGUCUAGAAGUGACCUUUUCUACAGUGCACUGUCCUUUGGGGAGCACCCUUUCAAAAGUAUCUGUGUGUCAAUAUGUAGCCUGUUGUAUGUAUAUGGUAUCUUAAGAAACCAAUUCAGUGGCGGGGCUGACCAAUCUCCUUAAGCCAAUCUGGUGAAGUAAGGGUUGUCCACCAAACAGCUUGAAAUCCCUUAUGUGAUCUGCACUGCAUGACACUUCUAAUUUAUUCAGUCUUUCAGACAGAGGCACAACACUUGUGCCACCAAAUGUAGUAGCUUCUUCUAAAGAGCUCCGACGCUUGUUCAAAGCAGCUGUCUUCCCCUUCAUUUUCCCAAAGAGAUUGUGGUGGCCAGGAUAUGAAAGCAAAGAUGGACUGGCUAGGCAAAAAAAGCAGAGAAGCCUUCGGGAAUAAUAAGAGAUGAAAGUUUUAAAAGGCCGCUGAAGCAACCAUAAAAUUCCAUCUGACAGUGCGCCUCUUCUUUCUGUGUACUUUAAAUUUCAGGGAAUCCAUUUAUUGUACACAGCAUGCUGCAUUAGAUGUAUUUUGUGCCUUUUAUUUUCGUACUGUACAUGUAAACAUAGAUACACCUUUAUCCAAAGUUGGAAAAAGGUGAGGAACUUGCAGACUAGACAAUGCAGUUGCUUCCUAAAUACUCACGACAUGUGAAAGCACUUUACUCUUAACAGAAAUGGCUAUUAGCUUACUGGAGGGAUCAUUAUUGUGCAGCAGACAGUGUCAAAAAGGACAAAUAGUGCAGCUGUUCCCAUUUCCCAAAACUUCCCAGAUGUUUGUGCACCAUGAGUUUCAUUCAACAAAUUUCUUCUUAAUGCCCAUCUGGCUCCAGGAGUACUUUUACCUAAAAGAAGAAAAUAUAUAUAUACACUGUAGGGGUCAAAGGGAAGCACUUCCUUCCCUUUGUUCUACCCCCUGCUAUUUUAGAGGGAAUGAACAGAGCUGAACCCUUGGCUCAGCAUAAAUCCAAAGUUAACACAGUUGGUUUAACACUAGAACAGUGGUAAUUUCAAUAAAGCAAAAAUAGUGUCUGUUCCUAAGCCAACUUCUCUCAUGAAGAACAUACUUUUAUACAUAAUGAAAAGUUCAUUAUACUGUUAGAGGGUUGCUUCCUGUGUUAUGUAUUUAGCAUGUACAUGUGCCCUACAUACUAAAACCAUAUUGUUUAGAGGGGUUUUU